AUUUUAUUGGUGGUGGUUGUUCUAUGUUUGUGAUAUCAAUUUGUAUGUCAAUUAUCAAUUAACCCUUGUUAAUAAUGGUCCGUUGAUUAUUAAAAAGCAGUGCUUACUCGGUGGCCAUCGAUGUGAAGUGCAACGCUUUUAUGAAAUAUGGCAGCCGGUGGUGAGGAUUUGUGGCGCGAGUGCGCGUCCUGGUUGACGAGAUGUGGGCUAUUGCGGCCCGAUCACAAGGCCAACUGGGAUACGAGUACCAUACACGACUUGGCCUAUACAUUACGCGACGGUGUGCUCCUCUGCAACCUCCUGAACGUGCUGUAUCCCGGCUGCAUCGACAUGAAAGACGUCAAUCAGAGGCCACAGAUGGCACAGUUUCUAUGUAUGCGCAACAUAAAAGUAUUCCUGCGAACUUGUCAUGAAGUGUUUGAGCUGCGGGAGACGGAUCUCUUUGACCCGUCUAUGCUAUUUGACUUGUCAAACUUUCACAGAGUGCUAUGCACGCUUGCGAAACUCAGUCAAUGUCCGAAGGCAUUGAACAACAAUAUACAGCCAUUCUCAGCAAGAAGAACACAAUCAGAAGAGGAUAUAUAUAAAGAUUUGCAGUCUGUCGUGACGUUCAGCAACAUAGCGCCGCCGUCGUACGAGGCGGUUCGCAACGACAGUAACCCGGCGGGCGUGCCGUGGGUCCAGUUUACCAUCCCCAGCAACGCCUGCGAGGACCGCGUCGAGGAGAUAUACGAGGACCUCUGCUACGUGAAAUUCACGUCCGACGCGCCUGAGCUGGCGACGUCGUCGCACAGCGUAGAGAAGAGGGACUACGUGAUACGGGAGCUGGUGGACACGGAGUCCAACUACGUGGACGUGCUCAGCAAGAUCAUCAAAUACUUCCUGCGGCCGCUGACGCCGUACCUCAAGCCCCAGGAUAUGCAAGUUAUAUUUUUUGGAGUUAAGGAGCUACACGAGAUCCACUCGGGUCUGCUGCGGGCGGUGCGGGCGGCGACGGCGUCGGUAGUAGGCGGGGCGGGGACGCCGCGGCUGGCGGACGUGUUCCUGGCGUGGCGCGAGCGGCUCCUCCUAUACGGCGACUACUGCUCAAACCUCACCGCGGCACAAGACACGCUAAAAACGCUGGACGCAAGAGACGCGACGUUUAGUAAGCAGCUGCAGAAAUGUCAGAAGGAGCACAGCGACGGUCGCAUCCAGCUGCGCGACAUUCUGUCGGUGCCGAUGCAGCGCGUGCUCAAGUACCACCUGCUGCUCGACAAGCUCGUGCACGAGACGCAGCCGAACCACGAGGAGUUCCGCGGGCUAGAGCGCGCGAAGGAGGCGAUGGUGGACGUGGCGCAGUACAUCAACGAGGUCAAGCGCGACAGCGAAGUGCUGGCGCUGCUCGCCAAAGUCCAGGAGAGUAUAGUAGACUGGAAGGGCGGCGAGCUGGGCGCGGGCGGCGCGGGACUGUCCGCUUACGGCCGCCUGCUGCUGGACGGCGAGCUCAAGGUCAAGGCCCAUGAAGACCAGAAGCUGCGCUCGCGGUACGUCUUCGUAUUCGACAAGCUCAUGCUGCUCUGCAAGCCAGUCAAGGACAACCAAUACUCGUACCGCACGGGCAUCCGUCUAGCGGAGUACCGCGUGGAGGAGGGGCGCCGCAUACGCUCGGACGCGCGCUGGUCCGCCCACUUCCACCUCGUGCGCCGCACCAAGGACGCCACGUACACGUUGUACGCACGCACCGACGACUGCCGCCGCAAGUGGGUUAAAGCCAUCACGGACGCCAUUGACAACCUGGAGCCCGCGGGCUGCACGAGCACCAACCACAAGUUCACGCUGCACACGUUCGAGAAGCCCGCCACCUGCCACCACUGCUCCAAGUUCCUCAAGGGCAGGAUAUUUCAGGGCUACAUAUGUCGCGUGUGCGAGGCGUGCGCGCACAAGGACUGUAUAGCGCUGUCGGGGCGUUGCGGUGGGGGCGUGACGCCCGCCCCGCCCCUCCCUCCGCACAACCACCAGCCGGAGAACACGCUGCACUACUACAUGUGGUACGUGGGUGAGAUGGGUCGGGAGACGGCGACGGCGCGGCUGGAGCGGCGCGUGGACGGCACGUUCCUGCUGCGUGUGCGGCCGCGCGCCGCUCCCCCCUCCGCGCACGCGCCGCACACCGACACGCACUACGCGCUCUCGCUCAAGACGGACAACACGGUGAAGCACAUGCGCGUGUGCCGCAAGCCGAUCGACCAGGUGCCGCACUACUACCUGUCUGAGUCGCGCUUCUUCCGCAGCGUCGUCGAGCUCGUCUCCUACUACGAGAAGACUAACCUCUCAGAGAACUUUGUUGGACUGAACUCGAGUCUGCGCUGGCCGUUCCGGCGUGUGGUGGCGACAGUGAUCCACGACUUCCGGCCGCUCGCGGAUGCGCAGCUCGCGCUCCGUCCCGGCGCCAAGGUGCUCGUGCUCAGCAAGGAGGGCGACUCCCGCGGCUGGUGGAAGGGACGCUCUCUGGAGAAGGGCGACAACCGGUCGGGUUAUUUCCCGAAGGAGUGCGUGCAGGAGGAGCCCGAGUGUAUUGGUGCGCUUGACUGAUGUCAGCUUUGUCUCGCCGAGCGCGAGAUACAUUUCGCCCCGCCGCCCGCGCCCGCCCUCACCCCCGCCGACGACGCGGACGACCUCGUGUGAGGGGCGCGGCAGAGGCCCGACCUCUCGCUGCGCUCGUGCGGCGUUACCAGCUCCCGGUGACCGCCCAGCCGUCCGCGCCUGCCCGCACCCCCACGGACGACACGGACGACCUCAUGUGAGGGGCGCGGCCGAGACCCUUCGCCGCGUACGUGCGCCAGCGGCGACGCCCGGCACCGUUGACAUGCGGACCAACGUGCGUAAAGCGUACAAAAUGCGACGCGAUAACGACAAGCUGGUCGCGACCAAAAAUCAUGAUUUGAUCUCCUAGAAGCUCUCGAAAAUUGACUUAACUCUUUUAAAAUAUUCAAUUACGACUAUAAGCGACUAUUAAACAAAGUGAAGUGAGCCAAAAGAACAUGACAUUAAUAUGUAUGGAAUGUGUUUCAUGUAAAUAUGUGUAUGAUUGAUACAAUAUUCGCAGCAAGAUCUGCACACCACCUGAUAGUUAUUACAUAGUGCCUAAACAGUGUAAUACAAUAUUUAUGCUUGUAGGAUAUGUUGAUUAGUAGCAACAGUCAAAUUGUAUUAUACAAACCUAUUAUUAUACAUUGACUAGUCCAGUGACUAAAAUUAUUAACUCUAUAUAAUAUUCAUGUUGAUGGUAUGAAAGAUCAAUCAUCAUCAUCAAUUUUAUAAUAUAGUCUCUUAAACAACAAUUGUUGACCCCCCCUUGCUUGUCAAAAUUUAUUCAUAUUCCAGUUAUAUUUAAAAAGUAGGAUUCUUAAGCUCGAUAAGUGAUAACUAUUGCGCACAUAUUCAUUAGCAGCUCUACAAAUUACAAUAUAAUAUAAUAGUAGCACUUUCUCUCUUCCACGCCCAGUUUUAAACCAGUGAAAAGCAACUACUUAUCGACAAAGAUUAUUAGUUUUUAAGGUUUACUGUUUCUACUUAAAUUCUACGUUCAAAAAUUCGAGAAUAGAACCUAUAGAAAUUUAUCACAAAAAAAUAAAAUUGUGGAGCAUGCACUAUA